CGGACCAAUUACUGAGUGCACACAGAAAUAUGGCGGCCAACUUGGAGCAAAUUUUCCAAGAUUUUAUUUUGAAUAAAAUAAGAGAAAUUGAGGACCAGAAUGAAGACAAAACGGCUGCUGAAGGAGCGGUCGACGGCAGUGAAACAGUCGCAGCAGAGAAAGCGACGUCAGAGGGAGACAAAGAGGAUGAACUAAGAUGCAGCAGUUCACACAAAAAACACAAGAAGCACAAAAAGCACAAAAGCAAGAAGAAGAAGAGGAACAGAGAGAAGGAGAGCAGCUCCGAGUCGGGCGCAGAGAGGGACAACAAAACGAGAAGAGGAACUCCAACAGAUGGCGGUAAGGAGCGAGGUGAGGAGAGCGAGAGGAAGUCCAGGAGCCACAAACGUCACUCAGGAAAGAGGAAGAAGAAGAAGAGGAGGCGGAAAGAUGAAGAGAACUCGUCUGAUUCAGACUCGGAGUCGAAGCAGAGGGAGAGUAAACGUGGUCAAAAAGCAUCACCUCGGAGAAGAGAGGAGCUGCCUGAUAUCAUCCCUAAACAGGACAGCUCCAGUAAAGGACGAGGAGAUGAGGAGAGGAGGAGUAGUCGUCGUCGUCGUUCUCGUUCCCGGUCACAUUCCCGUUCUCACUCACAUUCCCGCUCAGAGAGGAGGAAGUCUCGUUCUCCCUCCGGACUGAACCGACGAAGAUCUCGCUCUCGCUCUUUAUCGAGCUCAAAGCGACACAGAUCACGAUCCAGGUCCCCUCUGAAGAAGGAAGCUUUAGAUGAAUCCAAACAGUCCACACACGAUCCUACAAAAGACCUCGAGCUGCCUCAGGCGACCUGCAGCUCUCCUCGAGGAAACAUCAAACCAGAGGAGGGGGCGGAGUCGAGCACCGAGCUGCUGAGCUCGUUACAGAGUCAGCCGGCUGCGGAGGAAAAAGAAGAGAGAGAGGACGGCACAACACAAGAACAAGGCUCUGCUGCAUCCCAGUCCACGCUGACCCAGACCGUAUCGACUGAACCUGAGCACACCGCCGAGUCCCGCUCCCCUCAGAACAAAACACCUGAAUGCAGAGCUGCGGCUAAAUCACCAGAGAAGAAGAAGAGGAAACCGUCAAAGUCCCCUCAGAAGAAAAAGGAAUCAAAGUCGUCAAAGAAGCAGAAAAAAUCCAAGUCGCCGAGUCGGAGCCACAGGAGAGGAUCCAGAUCGAGGAGUCCGUCAAAGAAGAGGAGAUCACGGUCCAGGUCGGGGGGUCGGAGGUCUCGGAGAUCUCGCUCUCGGUCGGCGUCUCGAGGUCAGAGGAGGACGGCGUACAGCCAGAGGGACCGCUGGAAACGAGAGCCGAGUCACUCCCCUGUACUCAUCCUCAGAAAAAAUAGAUCCCCCAACAGGAAACACUGCAGCACGAGCGACAGCCCGCACCGCGUCAGCGAUCUCGAUAAGGAGCAGUUGUUGGAAAUUGCCAAAGCCAACGCGGCCGCCAUGUGUGCCAAAGCAGGCAUGCCGAUCCCCGCCAGUCUGAGGUCCAGCAUGCUGCCUCUGGCUCUGCCCAACAUGGCCAUGAACGCUGCGAUGGCCAGCAUGACCGCUGCCACCAUGACAGCUGCUUUGUCUAACAUGGGCGCUCUGUCCUCCCUCCUCCCGCUGCCCUCCAUCACCAACAAACCUCCCCCCGCCCCGUCCCAGACCAACAUGUCCGCUCUGGAGGAAGUCAAACGCAAAGUGGCCAAGCAGGCCAACAGCAUCAGCAUCAAGGAGUUCACUGAUAAAUGUAAGAUGAUCGUGGACAGCAAAGGAGAGCUCCCGGUGGCGUUGCCUCAUGUCUCAGACGAAGAGGAUGACGGGAAACCCUUUGGAGCAUCGGCUCUACGGGAACAAAAAGCUAUCAGCUUCAGCAUCAAUAACACGACAGUUCGUCCGGCCGCUGGAGCGAGAAGUGAUGCCGGGAUGGCUAAAGAGUUUCCUGUGUCGUCGGGAUGCCAACAUCGGAAAAAGGAGGGGGAGACACUGGGUGCGUACGGCGAGUGGGUUCCUGUGGAUAAAACUGCAGAGAAAGCUGCUGCGGCCUCCAGGAAGGCGAUGACCGCUGUUUCCAUAGCAACGGCCACUUCAUCACCGGGAGAAACGGGGACAGGGUUACCAGAGGUUGAGGAGCAGCAGCCGGCGCCUGUGUCUGACAACGACAGCGUUUUCCCCGACCCGCAAGUGCAGCCGGUGGAUAUUUCUCAGGCUGUAACUGAGAGGAUCAAAGCCCAGAGACGAUUGGCUGAGAACCCGUAUGACGUCAACGCCAUCUGCAUGCUCAGCCGAGCCCAGGAGCAGGUGGACGCGUGGGCUCAGUCCAACACUGUUCCCGGUCUCUUCACGGGUUCCACUGGAGCUCAGGUCCUCACCUCAGAGGAGCUGUCCAACAGCGGGCCUCAGGCCUGGCUCAAGAAGGAUCAGUUCCUCAGAGCUGCUCCAGUAUCCGGAGGAGUCGGGGAGUUCCUGAUGAGGAAGAUGGGCUGGAGGACCGGAGAAGGUCUCGGGAGGAACCGGGAAGGCACCGUAGAGCCGAUCAUCAUCGACUUCAAGGUCGACCGCAAAGGACUGGUUGCUGAAGGGGAGAAGCCUCAGAAGCAGACGGGAGGACUGGUGGUGACCAAGGAUCUAAUGGGGAAGCACCCGGUGUCCGCCCUCAUCGAGUUGUGUAACAAGAGGCGGAUCAUGCAGCCGGACUUCGUCAUGGUUCAUCACAGCGGACCGGAUCACCGCAAAAACUUCCUCUUCAAGGUCACGGUGAACGGCGUGGACUAUCAGCCUCAGACAGCCAGUCCCAACAAGAAACACGCCAAGGCCAUGGCUGCUACCGUCGCCCUGCAGGCUCUUGGAGAGGUUCCUGUCGAUGGACCCGGACUUUACACGGGCCCUGUUUUCACUGCUGCUUCUACUGGACCUUUAUUUUCUACAUAAACCACCGAGUGACUGACGGAUUCUCUGAACACGAGUUCAGCUGUUUGACAUUUUCUCACUGAAGACUCUUGACAGAAACGAGUUCAAUAAGCAGUCAAGUUUACACGCAGUAUCCUGAAAGUACAGAUUUUAUACUCACAGAAUCACGUUGAGUUUUUACCUCCAUGACAGGUCGUGUGGGUUGUGGUGACUGGGAAAGAGUCUCCACCAUGUGAACGCUUGAUGGCAUGUUUGUAAGUAUGUAUGUAUGUAAGAUAUGGUAGCAUUUAUUCUGAGCUCUAUCAGUGUCUCUGCGCUGGAUGUGUUUAUUCUGACGUUACAUUUGUGGCCUCGUUUUAACAAAGUGUUUCUCGUAAAAAGAGGCCGCUCGACUUUAUGGAACUAACCUCAUUAACAUGUGUACACAGAAAUAAAGAUUUUAUUUAUGUUAUGUAAAAUAGAAAAACACACGUUAUGUUUCUCUGUGAUAAUGCCUCGUGAAUGUGACUCAAAGGGGAAUGUUGUUAUCUUUAAAACGUGGCGUUAUUUAAGGGUCCAAAUGACUGAAAGGUGCACAAACCUCGAUGUAAUAUUUACAUACAUUACCUGAAAUGUGUCAAAAGCACGACCAGGCUCAGAAAUGUUGAAGGUGCGAAUGUGUGGAAUGAACGACUUUUUAAAUUCUAUUCAUGGUCGCCAACAUUUUGCAAAAGAGGUCAAGCUUUUUCUGGGGCGCAGACGGCUUUGUGGUUAGAUCGCGCCCCGUGUACGGAGGCUUUAAUCCUCAAAGCAGGCGGCCCGGGUUCAAAUCUUCAAAUCCAACUUGUGUCUCCUUUCCCUACUCUCUCUCUCUCUCUCUCUCGCUCUCCCUCUCUCUCUCCCUCCCUCUCCUCCUCUCUCGCCCCCUCUCUCUCUCUCUCCCUCCCUCUCUCUCUCUCCCUCCCUUCCUCUCUCUCUCUCUCUGUCUCUCUCUCCCUCCCUCCCUCCCUCUCUCUCUCUCUCCCUCUCUCUCUCUCCCUCUCUCUCUCUCCCCCUUUCUCCCUCUCUCUCUCCCUCUCUCUCUCUCCCCCUUUCUCCCUCUCUCUCUCUCUCUCUCUCCCUCCCUUCCUCCCUCUCUCUCUCCCUCCCUCUCUCUCUCUCUCUCCACCUGAUUUCCUUCUCUAGUCCCUGUCCUGUCAAAUAACGCCCCAGAGAAUAAAUCUUUAAAAAGUAGAGAUAAAGCUUUUAAACCCAGAGUAAAAGUCUUUCUGCAAAGUGACCAGACUUCAGGCUCCGGUAGCGUAGUGUGCACCCCAUGAACGGAGGCUGUAGUCCUCCAAAUGUGCAGCCCAGGGUUUGAAUCCGACCUGUAACUCCCUUCCAGCUCUCUCACUCUGAUAUCUGAAUCUAUCCACAGUCCUAACUCUACUUAAAGGCAUAAAAAGCCAGAAAAUAAACCUAAAAAAAAUUGAUUUUAAUUCAGAGAAAACGGCCCUUAGAAAACAGUGUUUUUACGGCGUGCAGAACACGGGAGUUUCUGGUCUACCCGCUGCCGUUGUUUAGUUGUAUUAAAGUGUUUGUUCUAAGCCAGCUUGUCCCAACACACAAACACAUAAAACCAAUUGGUUGAGGCAGCUGUGGACCAGCAGGGCCGUGUUCUGCGAUGUAAAAUCUGUUUUUUCAAACGAGUUUGUCGGCUUUAAAGAGAUUGAUUUAUCGACUGUUCUCUGUUCUAAAAAAAAUGCAUUUUAUUCCGUCUCUGUUGGGUUACUUCUGUAAUGUUGUCAGACCCCUUUAGAAUAACAUUCUGAGCCGGUCAGUUGCAAAAACAACAACUUAUAGUGGACAUAAAUUGACGAGUUGCCUUUUCUCUGAAGAAUUAAUUUGCAGAUAUCACGCCUUGAUUAGCUGCUGUCCUCUUAAUUCCUUCAGACCUAAAAUAUGUGAGAUUCCCUCUUUAAGCUUUCUGGAAGUGUCCCCUCCCUUUAUGAGACCCGCCAGCCAUUACUGCCCUCUAGUGCAGAAGAAGAGUAGCUGCAGCUGCUUCACCGGGCCUCAGAAAACAAGUACCCAAAGCAGCCUACAGGAGUCGCUGUUGCAAUGAACCCACCGCCCUCCCCUCUGCAAAUACCGCCAGAUGUGUUUGAAACAGCCGAGCAGUGAAGCACGGUGUCUGCUGUGGUUGGCAAGUACUUCACUCACUCUUCAUUUACUCGCCUGUGUUGAAGGAAAAUGGAAUUGAUCGUCACUUAGUAUGAAAAUGUUCAGUAUUGGAAAAGAUACUGCAGGUUUUUCCAGUCGUUUUGUAAAAAUCCUGCAGAAAUGAUGUACUGAAGCCCUGUUUUUAAAGUGAUUAUUUGAUAUUGUGAUGAUAUAUGAGGCUGUUACUGCGAUCAUUCCUUAUCUAAGAACAUAAACCUGUCAAUCUGACCUCGCAGCAGAUUCCCUUCAUGAAUAAAAUGUUCUUUUUUGAUUAUUUUCAACGAA